AUGCCACCCCGUCAGCACUUCAACGCAGUCGUCCUCGGAGCUGGAGGUGUCGGCAAGUCUGCUCUGACCGUUCGCUUCGGGCGGAACCAGUUCGUCGAGCAGUACAACCCGACCAUCGAAGAGGAGUACACCUGUAACAUGGUCAUAGAUGGCGUGCCAUGUGUGCUCGACAUCCUCGACACACCUGGUAUGGAGCAAUUCACGGCUCUUAACGAAGGUUAUAUCAAAGGUGGCCGUGGGUUUCUACUUGUCUUCAGCCUCACGCAGGAAGCAAGCCUCAAAGAUGUUGACGAUAUCCGACAACUGAUCUAUCAGAUAAAGGGUGACAAGACCGUCCCAAUUGUUGUUGUUGGUACCAAAUUGGAUUUGACUCACGAGCGAGAAGUCUCUCGAAGUACCAUCCAAGACCUAGCCAUGCGCUGGGGCCUCCCUUUCUACGAGACCUCUGCUAAGAGAAACUGGCACGUCUCAAUAGUUUUUGAAGACCUCGUGAGGCAAAUGCGGAAGCGAUAUCCGCCAGGCGAGUUAUCUCCUCGCAAGAGGAAGCGAGAGGAGUGCGUCGUCAUGUGA